AUGACUACUCAAUCCAACAGCAACUUAUCACGAACGCAAUCAUCGUCGUUAUUGAAUUCUGCUAUGCACAAGAUGAUGAUGUCAUCUUCCGACUUGCUUCCCCGUCGUCGUGCUCUUCCGAAGGAUGAUUCACCAGAAGAACGAAGCGCCUUUGUGAUUGGAAUCUUGGAUGAAGUCCUUGAUAUUCUGAAUGACGACAUCUUCGACGACGAUCUCCUCCUCGAUGCCAAGUAA